UGGCUUGACGAAACCAUCGCGCUCAGGACGGGGGGAACCACGGUGCCGGAGGGGGGCACGCAUUGUUGCGCGAGGGGCUGAGCGGCGCUCUGGGGAGGGCAGGCGCGCGCCGCUGUGCCACCGGGGCGGUCACCGGCAUCGGUGGGCGUGCGGCAUCGCCGCACGGAGCUCCGCGUCCCCGUGCCGCCGCGUCUCCGCUCCCCUGCCCGUCCCAUCGGCAGGGUGCGGCCGGGCCCCCCCGCGCCCUCCCCUCCGCCGCCUCCCCAGUGGUGCCGCCCGACUCCAGCUGACCGGCCUGGAAUCCCAGCCGGGAGCCGCGCGCCCCCCGCCCGCCGCCGCUCCGCGCCCCGGCCCCACCAUGGGAGACGCCGGCAGCGAGCGCAGCAAGGCGCCCAGCCUGCCCCCGCGCUGCCCCUGCGGCUUCUGGGGGUCCAGCAAGACUAUGAAUCUCUGUUCCAAAUGCUUUGCUGAAAAAAGAAAUCCACACAAUGAAAAAGGAAAUUUAAAGUGGAUUGUUAAAAUAGGAGUUUGCUCUUCAUGGCUUCAGCACUUUGGAUCCUGUAAAAAUUUCCAGAAGAAACAGCCAGACGAUGACUCUACUCCCAGCACAAGCAACAGCCAGUCAGAUUUGUUCUCUGGGGAAACGAACAGUGACAACAGCAAUACCUCUCUAACCAUGCAGGCCGCUAACUCCAACCAGCAACUUUUGACAGAACUGAAUGUAACUUCACCGAGCAAAGAGGAAUGUGGGCCAUGCACAGGUACAGCUCAUGCCUUGUUAACCACACCAACCAAAAGAUCUUGCGACUCAGAUUCACAGUCGGAGAGUGAGGCUUCUCCUGUGAAACGGCCACGGCUACUGGAUGACAGUAAUGACAGGCCUGAAGAAACCAGUCGAUCCAAACAGAAGAGUAGACGUCGGUGCUUCCAGUGCCAAACAAAACUGGAACUAGUACAGCAGGAACUGGGAUCAUGUCGCUGUGGUUACGUGUUCUGCAUGUUGCACCGCCUGCCCGAACAGCACGACUGCACAUUCGAUCACAUGGGCCACGGGCGCGAGGAGGCCAUCAUGAAAAUGGUGAAACUGGAUCGGAAAGUAGGGAGAUCUUGCCAACGCAUUGGCGAAGGAUGUUCCUGAGUGCAAGACUGCAACCAAAUGCUGUUCUCUUAGUUCACUAAUGUUAGCCUUAUUUAGGACAAAGUCAGCCAGACACCUUGUACUAGGCAAGUUUCAGACUACAGCCAAUCAGUUUCCUUCCUUUAGCCAACCGUCCUGAUACUGUAGUUUAGAGAUUGAUGGUGGUUGAAAUCUAUCUCUGGCUGGUUACUAAGGUGCCUGCUAGCCACCGUAUAAAAAUAAAACAUGAAGAAAUACUAUUUUUGAGUAUGGCUAGUGGAUUUAAACAAAGCAAGAAAAAUCCAAAGGCUUCUGUUAUUGCUGGAGUCACUCUAAAAGCCUUAUGCUGGAAACAUUCCAGCUGCAGAGUUAAAACAAAUAGUUGUAUAGAAGCUGGUGUAAAAGUUUGCUAUGCACAUGGCUUUUGGACAAACUGUUUAAUGUGCAGCCUUUCACCUCUUCACUGCUACUGAAUCCUGAGGAGGUGAAAUACUACUCGGAGCAGCAACUGCAGCUGCUUAAGCCCAGAAGACCUGACUGGUCACUUGUGCCUUCAUCGCAUGUGGCUUUUGAGUUAGGCAGUGUCACCAGCAUCAGGGAUUCUGUUGGGGUAGGAACACCUUUCCAGUUCUUCCCAGGAAGCCAAAAAGAAAGGGGGACAGAGAUUCUUAUGAAAAAUUUUUAUAUGUAUCUUACUAUAAAGAACCUAUCAGGGUUUGGUUUUUUCCUUCUUUUUUUUCUUUCUUCUCUGUUAAAUUGUGAUCUCUCUUUAAAGCCAACUCCAUCCUGGAGCAGUAAAUGGUGCAUAACUUUUUACAUGGCAUCCACAGAGAUUCUAUGCGGUAUGUGAACAGAUUCCACUACCUUGAGCAGUGCAGCCAUUCCCACUGGCCGAAACCUGAUUGGCUCUUGUUUGCCUUUUGCUAAGUGCAGGUAUCUGAUAGUUGAUCAAAUAAGGCUAAUUCACAGCACAGUAGCCAUGGCUGGAUUCUACAGACUGACUUUCUGUAGCUAGACUUACGUAUUGGGGAAAAAAGGACAUUUUGUAGCAAACGGAAUUCAGUAACAGUAUUGGGGAACAACCUGUAAAACAAACACCCUUUGUCAGAAUGAGCUUGUGUUCCUCAAAUUCUGAGUGUCAAUGAGAUAAUCAAAGGGGCUCCACCAGCCCUCCUUCUAUGCAGCUGAACGUGCCCAGGAAAAUCCCUGCCCACAAAGUGAGUGUAUCAAGUGGAUGUGAAAUGCAUGACCUGGAUCUGGUUAGAGCCUUGGUUCUGUGUCACGGUGUGUCACGCUGAGCUGAGCCCAAACGGACCAGCUUUGCCACUUUGGAAACAUAAAAGCAAACAUCAUAAUUGGGCUGUCUCCUGCUGCAUGCAGGCUUAUGCAGGCAAAAAUGAUUCGUGCUGAUGUUGCCCAGCUUAAUCCUGAAUGAGUUUAACUUCUCAGUCAAUUAGUAAGUUAUUAACAAGUGGGUACAUUUGUAAGAAAACCUGAGGGAGGGAUCGGCUUUGUCUCAUCUUCAAAUACUGGGCAGAUGUGGAACAUUGGGGGUGAAGUAACCUGUCACUUGGAAGACCCCAGCUUGUAUGAGUCAUCCUUCAUUCUACUUGUUACAGGUAAUUAACUCCUUGUAGGCCAAAUUAUACUGUUACUUUGGUAGCCAGUUAGGAACAUUUAACGAUUAGACAACUAAUUUUAAAAAGAAUACAUAUAUAUAUAUACACACAUAUAUAUAUAUGUCUCUCUGACACGCUCAGCAUCUGACUGUAUUAGCAUUAACCAUGAAGCAAAUCAGAAGUGUCCCAUCAUUAUAAAUGCAAGCUGCCUGGAAGACAAGCUGUUUUGUUUUGUUUUUUUUCUUGUUCUUAUUCAAGAAUAUGAACUAGCAGCAAAAGCUUCUGUAAUGGGCUGCAUUUCAGGAAGUGGUCCUGGUGAGAGGGACUGUCCAAUGAUAUUAUUUACAUUUGCUGUGAGGAGUUUAAAAAAACCAUGAAUUUUGGCGGCUGCUGUGAUACGCACUUUCUUUUCCUACAAAAUCCUAUCCUAGCAUUUGAUGGGCAUUCUGAUUGAUACACAAGACUUUUCUUGCAUUAAUACUGAAGAUGCUAUUUUGUUCCUCCUCCUAUUCUCUUUAAUCUCAUUACAAGUGCACAGAAUGUUUCAAGGUGGCUCUUGAGAGGACACUACUUAAAGUUCAUGUGAAUUAUGGACAAUGUUCACUUUAAACAAAAAGUUGGGGAGGGAGUUGUUCCUUUGCAGUAUCUGUUCUGUGAAGUUUGUUAAACAUAAAGAAAGCUUAAGUUCUUGUAUCUUAAAAGAAGAUCUUAUUUAACCCUUUUGUGUUCUAGAUUUACUUACACAUGUAGCCUAGAGCUCAGUUUUAGUUUAACAUUGUGAAAAUAUUAAAAGAAUCUUGUAACUUUAUUCUUUUUCCUCAUGCUAAAAAAAAUUAAACCAAUCAGAUUAAAGUUUGAAAUCCUUUCUGCCUAUUCCAACAGGUCUUGCUAUUUUGCACCGUUUCUACUGUAAAUUCAUGUAAGAAAUAUGAACGGGGAAAAGACCAAGGCUAGGUCAGGAACUUCAAGCUGAAUUUACAAUUGGUGAAGAGUGGACAGGACCUUAUGCAGGUUUGGAAGGGUAGUAUUUCUGCUGGGUUUGAAUUGAGGGAUUUGUUUUGUAAGCAAAUCUACUGUAGCCAGUUUGGUCCAUUUAACUUUGAGGUUAGAUAAUCAAAGGAAUAAGUUGUGCAUACUCUUCAAGUCAAAUGCAUACUGUACACUGUAUCACUGGCACUAAAAGUCUUAAAUGUUCUUUCAUGCACUUUGACAGCUUCACCUAGAGUAGCUGUAUUCCAGAUCAGAAUGAGCUAUAUUCAUAAUGGAUAAACAGAGGAAUAAUAACUAUUGUUUCUUAAACAUUUAGAUGCUAAAAACAUAAGGCUAAUUAAAACCCCCACAAUUUACUGUAUUAGAGGGAGAGAGAAUGUAUAACUAAUAAUUUUUUUAAAAAAUUGAAAAUGGUUUGGAAUUGAAAUUGUGCCCAAUUCACGGGUCACACCCAUUUUUUUCCUCAAAUUGUUAUGGUACUUUAAAUUAUAAAACUGCAUGAUUCUUGAACAAGAUGGCUGUGUUCUAGUAAAGGUAAGUUGCAUAAAACAGCUCUGCCUUUUCAUCCAGUUUCAAACCUAUGUCUAGGUGUGAGCCAGGGCUUCUAGGAAAAAUAAGACUUUCCUGGGAAUGUUGCUGUGUACCUGUUCUGUUUCGAAGCAGCUCUGGGUCUUGACUGAGCAGCAGCACAUCUGUAACAUGAGGUACCUGUGAACAUGAAGUGCUCUUCAGUAGUGCACAGGAAACACCCUGAAAAGAGUCCUGGUACAAUUCCAGCAAUCCAGAAGUCUGGAUUAGCUGCUUUUAUCAACUCAAUGGCAGGUGAUAAAUACAUGCAAAACUUAAAUUUUGCCUUACUUUUCUUUUAGACAAAUUGCAAUCCCCUGGCCUAGUGAAUACAAUGUCCUCUUUAUAUUUGGCUUUGUACUCACUGUGGUGUUCAGUUCAUUUUGUAAUCAGCAGUUCCUUCUGUGAUUACGCUACAUCUUAGAUAUAAAUCUCUAGGGGAUAAGAGCAUUUUUUUUUUUUAUCUUACAAUGAUUAUUUCAGUACAAAGACUCACCAGGGAGGAAAACUGAUAUUAACUGUGUCAUAAAAAUACAGAUUUUGUAAUAGUCUCCAAGAAGUAUACCAGUGUAAUAUCUGACAGUACCUGUCCUCACAGUUGAAGUGUAGAGAGUCAAGUGCCCUGAUGAAUUGUAGUAACAUUCUCUUUGUUGUAUUGUAGUUACUGCUAUUGUCCAUCACCAGAAGAACAGCCAAGAGACGAUCUAAGCAAAAUAAUCCAAUGUAACAAUGAGCUUGUAGCCACUGCAUGCUGGAAAUAAAUUCAUGUUCUCCUGGAAACUUUUAUUCCUAGAAAACCAAUGGAAACAUUUAAGAUUGCACUUUUUAAAAUUAACUAUAUUUAUUGGUACCACAUGUUUAUCUUGUUACUCAAAUACAUGAUUAUAAUUCUGCAUAAGAAACAAAAAUAAUAUAUCUGGUUCAACACAAAGGCUGUGGUGGCAGGAGCUGCUGUGUGAGGAUGUAGUUUUUGUAUGACCAAUUCUUAAGAUUAUAGUUAGUUAAGGCUGCGUCUGAACAUACUUUACUACAAAAUGGACACAGUGAAAGAAGAGUGCGUAAGAUUAAACUGCUCAAAAAUAUUUGCAGUGCACAUUUUAUGUGGUAAACUGGCUUUAUUUCUCACAAUCAGCAGCUGUUUUGCGAGAACAAAUGUCACUGCUGCUGGAAAGAGCCACUUUUAAUGUUCCUGAUACACAUCAGUGAGAAGGACUCUUCUUCAUCUUCAUUAAUUUUUCCUUUUUGUUGAAGCAGUUAGUAUGUGCAGCUGGGCAUUUGAAAGUAGUUCUGCUUGAAUGUUCCUCUUUUUGGCUUUUCAGUAUUCCCCACUGAAAAAAAAGCAUCAGUUUCAUUGUUCUUGCAAGUCCCUGUACCUUAGUUCAAGCAGAUUAAAAUACAGGUGUUGGUCUACAGAAGUGAUGACCUCCUUGUAUUUUACUGCAGUGGCAGCCUCUUUCUUCAGUUAACUGAAACAUAAUGCAAACACAAUUCACCUGUUGUGGACUUUGGGCUGUGGGGUUUUUGAACUUCAGUUCUAUGAUUCUGUUCACAAACAUCUUCCCAUAAACUCUGCAUGCUUCAUCUUCUACUCUGAAGCUGAGUAAAGACAAAAGAAGACAUGAAAACAGGAGGCAGAGGAUGGCAAAGUGACAAAUGCUUAGUGAUCACAUCCACCUUUCUCUUCAAGUCAGAUUGGAUCAUAAAAUAGCAAAGAAGCAGGUAAUUACUUGCCAAACACCACCACCUUUUUCCGCUUGGUACUACAGAAAACCAUUUUGCUUUAUCUUUGUGACUAUACCUGUGCAGAGUUUGUCUGAGUCAAUUCUGCAACAGACGUUAUAUGCAAAGAAAUGAAACAGCACCGUCAUAAUAGGAAAAUAUUUUUGAUGGAUUAUUUAGUAAUAACUACAUAUUUUGCUACUGGACCUUCCUAUUUUGCAAUAUGCUGCUAUUUUCUUUGGAAGAAAAACAAGCAGAACUUUAUAAGACUAACUGUAAAUUAUUUCAAAUUCAAUACAUGCAUCUGAAGCAUUAGGAAGAGAUAACUGAAAUUAUAUAUAGAUUUUAAAGAUGAUGGUGAUGACUGCAUCCUCUAACAAAAGGGUUUUAUUCUUUAGAUAGUAUCAAGUGUUGAUGGCAAUGGUUUAACCGUAAGCAGAAGGUUUUUUUCUGCUAGGUUUGUGCAAAGCCAGUAACAUGCAGUAGGAUGCUCUGAGUUAAUAACUUGUAGCAUGGUGCAGUAACUGUGUAAGUAAUGAGAAUAAAAUUAUAGAGACCUA